CCCAGUCUGAUGUCCGUGUGACAGCGGGGCACUAUUCAUAGUAGCCCCUUUGCAAACAUGUUUUGGUCCGGAUCUAGUCACGUGUUUGGAAAGGAAAAGGGGAAGGAGAUGGGACCGCAGAAAUCAGCUACACUGGCUUUCCUGGUUCUUGCCGUGAUUCUUACUCCAGUGUUCGUUUCUGUAGCUGCUGAGGCAAAGACGAUUCCGCAAGGGGUCGCUUCAGUGGAGAGCCGACAUGAGACAACACCAGGACGUGUGUGGACUGCCAACCGGGAAAGGUUGACCAGCCAUUUGUCCAGUCCAUAUGCCGGCCUAAUGGACACUCGGCAAGAGGGAAAUACACCGACCCAGGCUUGUGACGGCGGAGUGCGGCUGAGUACGGCUGUGGGGACAGUGGCGGCCGCUGCAGUGGCGGGGCUGGCGGCAGGGGUCGCUCUGUCCAUCCUGGUGUGGAGACCCAACAAACAACGUCAUGGCUCCAAACCCAGCCACGUUAGGAAGCUAUAACAUCCACAGCAAAGUCU